AUGGCCCGUUCUUCUCAAGAGUUAGAUCAAGGCCGAAGUGAAUACUCGGACAGACAUGCUCCAGGGGGUUAUGGAGUAGCCACCCCCAGUUCCAAAAGGGGCGAAAGCCUGGACCAAACUCCCUCACCAGGAUCGGACUAUCUUCUCCAGAGGAAACAUAGAAAGCAAUCGAGCAGUACAUUUCGACUGGAAUCCCCCACGGGGCCAUCAAAUUCGAACUCUGCCUGGAGGAGUGUGGGUCGACGGGGCAAAGACGCCAUCCGUCAUCAAAGUGAUGAUAGUGAGCUGGUCAUCCCCAAACGCAACUCUCAGCAACGUCGUCAGCUUCAUACACCCAAGCCAUCAAUUGGCAGUUCACCGCUCUCAAAUGUUGUAUCACAUGAAGAGGAUGACCCAAGAGAUGUACCGUAUACCCCGGAAAGUUCAUCACGCGUACAUAUUCGUCAGUCUCCAUCAGUUGGGCUGGAUACAGAUCCUGCUCAAAUUGUCAACCUUGCUUUAAGUCUGAGUGACUCGCGCAACAGGAGUUUUUCAGCCCGUACGGCUUCAAGCGGGACCCAGCGCACCAGGUUAUCAUCCUCUAUAGUCAGUUCCAGACCUCACGGUAUACAGUCCCCCAUACAGUCUCCUCGGCACUCUGAAAUUGAAACUCCAACGCGAAGACCAUCAGAAUCUCAGGGUACAGUUGAUCUUAGAUAUGGAGCCACUCAUUAUGGUGAGGUUCAACUCUCGCAAGCAACUCUUGCCAGGACUGAGAAGGCUAAACAACACUUUGAGUUGUUUGAGAAUUAUCUGCGCCUACUUCCACAUCUUCCACGUCUACCUUCCACUGGAGACGCGUCCGGCAGACAUCAAACAAAUCGUGAAUACCAAAAUGAUAUCUCAGAAGGCAGACAGUACAAUCCUUUGCAGUAUUUACGCAAUCGAAAAGUGAGAUAUAGGGAAAGACAAGUUAUUGAUUCUGAAGCGGCAGGAUGGGGAGAUACUGAGAAGGUCUCAGAGUGGGUCGAUUUUAUUGUUCAAUCCCCAGAUCUACAUCUGCGGAGGCCUGAUGAAUAUAUCGAUCUGCCAGAAUUUAACCCCUGUGCGGCCAGUAUCGAUUUAGAAGACAAGUCGGAUCAGGAUUUGACACAUACCAAAUCUGGAGAGGUUGUGCGACGUCGCCCGAGAAUGGAUUGGGCGACAACUCCAUUAGAUCUCCUUGCCGAUAUCGUUUGGUACGAACAGGAUGGCAACAAGGCCAAGGUCGAAGAUCGAAAUGGGAAAAAAUUGUUCCCUCAUGGCAUCAAACCCAUACCGCUUCCUGAUUCCCGUGCAAGUCAAGUGGAAUCUCUUGGCUCCAUGGAGGAAUCUAGCAUACAUGCUGAUACCGACCCUGAAAUAGGGCAUAUCCAACCCUUCAGUACAGCUACACCACCUGGCACCCAGAGCCAGCAAAACACUGAAAGAGGGCGCUUAAGACAUCGACUGGCCCAGCCGAUUAACUUGACUCCAAGUCAUAGCAGAUUGAGAAGACAAAGCAAAUCUCCAGUUAAGAAACGACCUCGGAGCUCCUCUGAAUCUUCGCGCCGUUCAUACGGUAGCUACAAGGGCGGAAGUUGGGGAAAGAAUCGUUCCAUAUUAGAAGCGAAAGCUGAAGAAUCCGGCGAUAACGACAAGCCCGCUGGAAGAAACACUACUAUACUAAAUAGCGACAGGCCUGUCACCCCAAAUCAAGGUUCUUCCGAUACUGAAAAUAUGCAUAAGUCUAAGUUGAGGCAUCCAAAUACCCCGAAAAACACACUUCUCCCUAACUUGGAUCUUGAAUCCAAUCCCCAUCUAUCGCCACGUCGCGAAUAUGCUGCUUCGAGCUCUUCCUUGGCAAGUGAUGGGGGGAUAAAUGACUCUCAGGACAUGCCGAAUCAUGACGACAUCAGUCCUUUCAGCACUCCCGGGCCCAGGGGGUUCUUCCCAAGCAUGUCAAUAAACCUUUCACCUCUACGAGGCCGUUCUACAUCCCCUGGCCGACGGCAUCCAUUCUAUCUAGGCCAUUCGAGGAAGCCCAGUCGGCAAAAACAAGGGCAGAAUACGGAUUCCACAGAAUCGCCGGGUGAUUCUGGCACUCUAUCUCAUCGCCACACAACUUCCAAUCUCUCUCCGCCAGGCUCUCCUUCGGGGCCCGAGGGGCAAAGGACCCCAGUUUUCCGAAGAUCAGACAGUUCACCUGCAAAGAAUACGCGCAAUAAUGGCCAACAGGACUGGAAGAGGCUCCUUAAAGGAAGCCGGAUCGCUGAGAUAGUCGGGACUGAGGUAUUGAGAGUGGGAGACUUAAUACGGAAGAAAGAUCAUUUAGGCCACUCGAGGCGAUCGUCUGCGUCUAGUUUAUCGGAAUAUGUGGAUGCAGAUACCAAGUUACCUACGGAGGAAGAUUCAUUCAGCGAUCAACAAAGGGCGAACUCCGAUAAUUCUGCAGUUCAACGAGGAAAUCUUCCAGAUUUUAUGCCCACUCCACCAACCGAAAUCUCAAAUGAGAGGGAUGGUCCCUCUAAGGAUGAGAUAAUAACAGAAGCUCGAAGCCCCGAUUCAAAUAGAGGUACGACCGGUCGGAAUAUAUCCACAUCAAAAAGACCGGACGACAUCAUGAGGUACUGGACUGCUCGAUAUAUCCGCUGCUCUGGCCGUAUUGAUAAACGAGACAUUUCCUUCGCUCGUGCUCGUCUCUUAUCGUCAGGUAUUAAAGCCUUGGAAAUAUGUCGUUAUGCUGAGAACCUUCCUACAUCUUGCAUUCACUCCUGGUUGGAUGCCCCGGUUAACUACACCAAUGUCGGCCCGUAUAUUUCAAGCUCAGGAGUGCCUGCCCUUGCCGCCAGACAAACAAUCGCCGAAUUUGACAAACAUGCCGCUGCCUAUAAUAAGGCAAUCAAAGAUUUCAUUGAAGUUAAGGCCCCGCCUAUGAAGUCCAGUAUCCGAUAUCUUGAGAGGCAGAUUAGCGGUACGCUCACAGUUCGCAUUCAAUCAUUAAAUACCCAGGCCGAGGUCCUAGCAAGUGAACUAGGGACAAAAUGUACCCUUCCCGUCAAAAAACUGGAGAAUAUAUUAAACAAGGGCCUGAGAAAGCGGAAUCGCCGAAUACGAUCUAUCAUCACGCUAUUAUCUGCAAUCUUUGAAUGGAUGCUUAUGGGACUUUUCUGGAUUGUUUGGAUCAGUGUCAUGGUCUGGAAAAUUAUCCGGCUACUUGCAUUCGGAGCAUUCAAGGGGAUUCGCUGGGUUCUCUGGCUAUGA